AUGAAAGUCAAGCUUUUUAUGAUCCCAAAGGACAAAGUCGCUAGCGUUCCUCUAACAGCAACCCUUGCAGAUGCUAGUAAGCUCAUUGUUGAAAGAAAGAUCGGAAGUGUAGUUGUCGUUAACGACUCUGGUGAGCCUGUUGGAAUUAUAACAAAGAGUGAUUUAGUGAGAGCUGGAUUUGUAGAUACCAAGCCCUCCACUACACCAGUGUCAGAAAUUAUGCACAAGAAUCUCGAAUUUUGUAGUGAAGAUUUGGAAAGAGAUGAAGUUGCUGAAUUGUUAAUGAAAAAGAAGAUUCAUCAUAUUCUUGUGAGAGGAGCUCAUCAUCAAUGGGUUGGACUUACAACAUCGUUGGAUAUUGUGACAGAGGCUGCUUUGGAUGCAAAGGCUUUCCCUUGGACAAGAACUCAUAAGUAA